CAGUGUUAUUAGUAGGGUAAUUAUAGUCAAAUCAGCUACAUAAAGGAAAAAUACUUAUUCAAAUGCAGAGUUAUAAUUUAUUAAUAUAAACUGUGUUAUAGAAACCUAAUAAUGAAUUAGAACUCUAAUCAACAACAACUACUAAAAAGGAACACCAACUGUGGUUUCUGUUAUAUUUUUUCCGAGUUACUCUCAAGAGAUGCCUCAAAUGUUGCAAGAUCAAUUUCAAAGAUCCUUCAUCUCAGGAUGAAUGGAAAACCGUUUUCCUUUUAGCGUAAUUUUCACAUGCAACGAACAACUAAAUCAACAGACUUGAUGCGGGCGGCUACUAUGCACUCAUGGACAUGUUCCAACAUGCAGCCUCCUACGUCCGUUUGUUAAGUCAUAUUGCGAAACUUUCACGGUACCCUUUGUAUUUUUAUUUAUUCUGAAGCACGUUUUAUUGGAAUUGUAUAGGUGAGGAGCCGAGUUUGCGAGAUUUCCACACUACUGUCUGUAUCGGCGAUCGCAUGUACUUGUUUGGAGGCAGAGGUACUCUGCCCUCAAGUUGGUACAUAACGCCUCAAGAACGAUAUUGCAAUCAACUUUGGUACCCUCGAUUUGAAUAACUUCGUUUGGCGCAGGGUUCCGGUCUCCGGAGAUAUACCUCCAGGCAGAAGAAGUCAUUCAGCCUUUGUGUACAAAGAGAAAAUGUACAUCUUUGGCGGGUACAAUUCGGUGCAAGAGCAGCAUUUCAAUGACAUGUACCAAUUCGAUCCUGAAACGAGCGUAUGGAAAAAAUUGAAUCCUCCGGGAAAAAGACCGUGCGAAAGGCGCCGGCAAGCCUGCGUCACAGUUGGAGAUAGGGUUUUCCUUUUCGGGGGCACUAGUCCUGAACCGUCCCGUUCGUCCCACGAUCAAGACGUGGACGAUAAGCUGAUGGACCACAGCGAUAUGUACGUGCUAGAUUUCAACCCUUCCUUGAAAACGCUGUGCAUGAUCGCCGUUAGGAAAUACAAACUAGACGAAUCCGUACUGCCGCACAUCCUCAAGAUGGACAUAAUGAACAUGUUCACCCCAAAUAAAAUUACAGUAAAUCGACCGAACAAUUCUGCGGGUUGAGCAACAGUGAUAUAUACGUAAUUUAUAGACCUCAAAAUUAGCUCCUAAUGUAUAUAUGUAAUUUUUCGUUCAUACAGGAUUGUUAUGGAAAAAUUGAGCGAAGAACAACUCCGAAUUUGCAUCAAAUUAUUUGAUUAAUUUUUGUACAUACAUAGAGAAGUUAUGUUGGCAGAUUUUUUCAAAGUAUUUAUUGAAAUUUCUAUUUAUUAUUCUCCGCAAUAUACUUGAAAGUAUUAAUCAGAAAAUGAUCCGCGAUUCUAUUUUUGUCGAUUGACUGAUUUGCUUCUAUGAAUGCAAGCGUUGUUGAUUUUGGGUAUGCUAAGGCUUUUUGAUUGGUAUCUAAUUUCUGAAAACUGUAUUUUUUUUCGAAAAUAUAGAAAUUACCAGCGUGAAACAAUUUGUUCGGCCUUAGGGUGCUUCAAGAUGAUUUUCACAGAUUAUUUUAUUUUUCUAUAUACACACAACCUUUGUUAUUAUUGUGAAAUUAUUUUUAAUACAAAAUUCCAUCGUA